CGUCGACGCACUUCCGACAGCUUUCGCGAGCUCGGAAAUGAUGUAGCAACUGUUCAGACUUAUCGGAAGUUAUAAACGUGUAACAUUGUAUCUCGUAUUUUGUGUCAAUCACACUUUAAAGGUAUUAAACUUUUGCAGUUUUCAUCAAAUGGCUUAUCCAGGAUACGGCGGGUAUGGGGGACCGAUGCCAGGCAUGCCAGCUCAGGGGAUGCCACCGCAUGGAAUGCCGGGAGGGCCCAUGGGAGGUCCCAUGCCUGGGCACAUGGGUGGGCCAAUGGGAGGCGCACCACCCCAAGGAGGAUAUUCCCCCUACGGUGGAGGCUAUCCAGGCACGUAUGGUGCCCCAACACCAGCUGCCAAUGAUCCAAUGUGGGGAUGCUUUACAGCCAUAGCAGGCCAGGAUGGCGAGAUCGACGCAGAGGAGCUCCAGAGGUGUCUGACUCAGUCUGGUUUCACUGGCAGCUACACUCCUUUCAGCCUGGAGACGUGCAGGAUCAUGAUUGCAAUGCUUGAUAGGGACUUUACAGGCAAGAUGGGCUUCAGUGAGUUCAAGGAGCUGUUCACGGCUCUAAACAGCUGGAAGCAGAACUUCAUGAUGUUUGACCAGGACCGGAGUGGAACUGUUGAACCUCACGAGAUGACUCAGGCAAUCGGCGCGAUGGGCUACCGCAUCAGUCCUCAGGCUCUGAAUGCGAUGAUGAAGCGCUACAACAAAGGUGGAAGAAUCUUCUUUGACGACUACGUGGCCUGCUGCGUCAAACUGCGAGCUCUCACAGAGAACUUCAGGCGGAGAGAUACCAUGCAGCAGGGAUCUGUCACCUUCCAGUAUGAUGAUUUCAUCCUGUGCACCAUUGCCAUCUAAGUGCUGCUGUCUGUCCCACACCAGGAGGUCAGGGCAGUCAACGAACCAAUCAGUGGCCGAUUCUGGAACAGUGCCUCACAGGAAUGCAAAGGGAGGCCAGUAAAUUAGGCUGAGCGGCCACGAGCCACAACAUUUAAAGUACCCAUUGCUUGUAAUGCUUGCCAUAAUGCUUUAGACUUGUAUGUUACACAGGGAUGUGCUGAAGAUGCAUCAGGUGUACACACACACACACACACACACACAUGUAUACACAGUAUGUAUCCACAUUAGAGGGGAAUAUAAUACGUUUCUAUAAUAAAAUUCAGUAUCUUUAAACCUCUUUUUAAGAUUUCUGACUUUCAAAAUAAAAGACACAGACACCGUAGCGCAUUAGUGUCUGAACGAUUAGAAAAAUGCUAUAAUCACAGCAAAGCUUUACUCAUAGAGACUUCAAGGAUCAGAGGAAUGGAGAAUGUCAGUGGAACAAUUAGAAAUGAAUCUACCAGCUAGGUUUUAACUGGUUAGAAUAAUAAUCUCCAGGUCUCUCAUUUCGGAAUACGACAAGAGAACGGAUACUAAAAGGAUGUUCUGAUAUAUGGGAAACCUAUUGUGCCAUUAAUUCAUUAAUCUCUGAAUGUAUCGUCAAAUAUAGUAAAACCAUUUAUGUAGAACUUCAUAGUAAUGGCAGCGUCAUGGUUAAUGAAUGAAUGCUCAACGCAUUUACAGAUAACUUGAUGUUGAUUUGCUUUUACACUGAACUUCGGACAGCUCUGAACGUCUUAGCCAGUGCAUUUUCUCAUGCGCAUCAUCUGUGUUAAUGGUAUUUUAUAUGCAGGAAAUAUUGUGCACUUCUGUUUUAUAAAACUUACAUCUAGCCUAACUUCAUUAGAUUGUCGAUGCAUAUUAGCUUGAUGUUGAACUUGAUAAGAAGCCAAAGUGACUGUGAGCUGAUAUAAAUCCAAACUGACACCUGUUGUUAAUGAUACGGAGUUAUGAAAGUAUUGUCAUGUAAACAGCAGUAUGUUCGUAUGCCUACUUUUUGUUUCCAUGUUUCAGUACAAACACAGCCAGGUUUUUCACUUCAAGAUUGCAGUGAAAUCUGUGCCUACACACACCCAAUGUUGUAGGAAAUAUCAUUUUGUUACUCAUAAUAAACACUUUUCAAUCAUA